AGGAGUCGCCGGGGCGCGCUGCGGGGGAGAAGGAGACGCCCUCGCCUAUCCAGUUUGCGCCCAACCCGCACGUGCCCUCGGGACUGGUAUCGCCUCAGACACCUACGAGCGUGCGGAGCCCAGCGUCUCAAACCGAGUACGGGGAGACGGAUUCGCCCAGGACGCCCAGGGAAAAGGAGAGGAAGCGCCCGACACCGCUGGCCCUCCUGCCUGCUCUGACGCCAACGAGGUCGCGGCCACACGAGAGCUUAGUCGGCCGCAAGGAUUGCGGGAACGACGAGCAGACAGAGAGGGAUGAUGGUCAGCAGCUCCCUACGCCUGCGUCGCUCUUUGCCGCGUCGUCACCGACGCUGACGAGCGCGCAUACACCAGGGCGCAGCUCGGGUUUUAUGUCGACGAGCGAGGUGUCGUUGUCUGCGGUUGGCAGCACGCCGCUGAGCGUAGCGCCGGGGGCUACAAAGCAGAGUGCGCCUGCGCUCGGGGCGGCUUGGGAGGAGCCCGCCUCGCAUGGACAUAACGCGACGACUAGAAAGUUGGACACGACACCGAACGCGGUGCCGACCCCCCCUCCGAGCGGGAGGGCCCAGGGAUCAGUGAGACCAGGCCUUCCAGAGCUCGAUUGGCCGAACCUGGACGAGGCGUAUUAUGUCACACAACAAGACGGGCAGCGUAUUACGGAGAGCAAGAACGCGGCUUCAGGGUCGCCGCACACGCCUGGUGGACCCCGCGCUCCGACGACUCCGAGCACAAGCACGAAGGAUGACGGAGCGGCUGCGCGCGCGAGAAGGGAGGUGGCGGAACGACUGUCUGAGAGCCCGGCGGUGCUCGCGGCGGUGCAGAGGCCGUUCUUGACCGUGUGCGAUGCGGCGAUGGGGUAUCACCUCCCUGCGUGUCUGCGCUUGCUUGAGGCGGCACAUAUACCGGAGAUAUUGCGCGAGGCGGGACCGAAGGGGAUGCAUGUCAAGGAGAUCGCGCAUAGAGUGGGCGAGAUUCGCCGGGCUGCGGGUUCGUCUGGAGAGAUCGAGAGCGGACCAUCGGGAGAGACGCAGACCGACCCUGGAGAACACGAGAGCGGAAGUGAGACCGACGUAUUCGCGAACAAUCGCGUGUCAAGCGCUAUGGAUAGUGGGAGGGACCUGUCCGAACUGAUGCACGCUCGCUGCAUACCUGACGGAUUGCUACCUACCUCCUCUAGACGAUAUACAGCCAUCAGUGCAACGACUGCCACCAAUCGAGGGGAAGUUAGCGAACAGGACGCACGUCCGACUCGCGGUUCGCAAGACUCAGUGGGGAGAGAUCGCGGUCUGGGUCGUCAGCACGCUGCUCAUGACAACCUUAGCCACGCCAGCCUUGCUGACCUUGCAUUGGGAGAUCAGCACGAAUUCGCGUCUUUGAACCGUGAAUCUGGAGAGCCAGCCGCUAUCCCGCAGUCGACGCCAGCCACUACCUUAGGUGGACGGGAGAUUGUAUCGAAGACAAGGAAACCACAGAAAGCCGCUACAAAGAAUCUGAUGCACGCGCCGUUCAAUCUUGCAUUCCGUACAAACGCACCAUACUUCGAAUGGCUCGAGACGAAGGAGAAUGCCUCUCGUCUCAAACGAUUUGGUAUAGCUAUGACAGGAACCGGAGCAUGGGAAGUUCCAGGAGCGAUUAUUGGCGGGUUUCCGUGGCAUUCGCUACCCCAAGAUUCUGUCGUGGUAGACGUAGGUGGUGGCAUUGGAUCUACCUCGCUCUUGCUUGCGCACGCGUUCCCGCAUUUGCGUUUUUUGGUGCAGGAUCGUCCGCAGGUUGCAAUCAUGGGGGAGGCUGCUUGGCAGGAUAGGAGUCCUGAGUUCCUGGAGACUGGUCGUGCCGCAUUCCAAGGACAUGAUUUCUUUGCGCCGCAGCCACCGUGGCCUUCUGUCUUGCGAGAGACGUCCAGAGGGGCGGCUAGCGGGGACAUACCUGCGGUGUUCCUCUUGCGUGUAAUCACCCACGACUGGCCGGAUCCGUAUGUCACUCGUAUCCUUCUACACCUCCGACGCGCAGCAGGCCCGGAUACAAAGUUGCUUCUCGCGGACUGGGUCUUACCCUUGGCUUGUAUCGACGAAGACCUCGAUCCAGGUUCACCUCGGGCAGAUGCGGAGAUGAAAGAGAAGAUGAAGGCUCCACCUCUCCCAGGCACUGUGCGCACGCUCGCACCCGAGGGUUCGCCAUUGCUCCCGAAUCUAGGGAAGGCAAAUGCAAAUGCUUACUGGUUGGACUUGACGAUGCGCGUGACAUUUAAUUCUCAGGAGCGUACACUCCGAGAAAUGGCUGCGCUGACGCUCACAGCCGGUUGGCGCGUUGUCCAAGUCACUAGGGCAAAUGGGACGCUCUUCGGACAUAUUAUUGCUGUGCCGACAGACAUCCCACUGGAAGCCCUUGCUUUGCUGGACGUACCAUUGCCCAGCCAGACGUCUCUUACUGGCACCGAAAAUGGUGAUACCUCUACUGAGGGAGUCAGAUCGCCAGCCAUGGGUGACACGUUCUGCUCCGCUGUCUCCCUACCUACAGAGGACGACGUCCGUAAGGGAGUUAAGGCGGGUCGGAAGGCUGCACAUAGCUGGCAGACGCGUGCCAGCGAAUGGCGUCAAAGACUAGUGAAGAAGAGCUCGGCGAUGUGGAGGGAUAGGAAGAACUCGGUCGCUCAGCGGGCACAACCACCGGUGCCUUUCGUUCGCAGUCUGGAACUGCUACCAGCAGUGGAGGUGGGCGUCCAUUCGCAUGGGAGGUCGAGUAGUGCUACCGACGGUGCAGACGUGCGAGAUCAUAUGCGGCCGGUGGCAGGAAGCGAGACCACCAGCCCUCGCAUAGAGGAUCAAACCGGGGAUAAUAGUAAGGAGAAGGACAAGAGGAAGCCGGCGGGCUUAAGGAAGGUAUUCUCGCGAGCCCAGUUAGGUGCACGGGAACGUAGAGAGCGAGUCUACGACUGCUAGCCUGACAAGACGAAUGUGUCGCC